AUGGGAAGUCCUCUCGAUGCCGAGACUGUUAAACUCAUCAGUAUCACUCAGACCUAUUUUGCUGCCAUGUAUGCGGUCGCUUUGUGGGACUGGAUCAUCUGUCUUCCUAAGGAAUACCGUCGAAUUUGGAAAGCUCCAUUCUCCUUGAUUAAAGUCUUGUACUAUUGCAACCGAUACUACACGCUGGCCAACCUUCUUCUCGUGCUUUACGGGUUCUACUCGAGCAUGACUACUGCUGAAUGCAGCCGUUUUUACAAGUGGGAACCGGGAGUAGCUUCCUUUACUACAAUCUUUGCAGAGGCUAUCUUGGUCAUCAGAACCUACGCGCUCUGGGGAAAGAACAAGUACAUCUUAGCCGGCUUGUUGCUUGGCUUUACGACGGAAUGUGUCGUUUUGUUAUUCGCUGUGACCCAGUUCCAGGCAGUCCCUACAAGAGACCCUACUGAUCCUGAAAGUCGAGGAGCUUGUAUCGCUGGUGGUGGUCCCGGUGGUCACGAUUGGUCUAUGGCUUAUUGGGUCUCACCUAUCGUUAUGGACACGAUCAUGUUGAUCUUGACGAGUAUUCGCGCUCUUCAAUACCGUAAUCGUGGUGUCAAGAGCACUGUUUUUCAAACGUUUGUCCGUGAUGGUAUUUAUCAACACGAUCUUUUACUCGUUGCCCAACCAAGCCCUUCAAGCGGUCAACAGCCCGAUGUCUCUUCUGGUUUGUGUUUGACCAAUAGUCACGCGAGGCUUUAUCCUAUGACGUCAAUCAUGUGCUCUCACAUUGUUCUCUCACUUCGAGGAGAAGAAAAAGAGGCGAUGGAGAAUGUGAGCCGAGAUUGGCAGGUCAAUACAUUCCUGAGGAAGAAGAAAGAAAACGGCAUGAGUAGCAGCGAAAAACGAGGCGUGAUCCGCAGUGUUAUCGGUGGUGAUCAUCUGCCCCCAAGCCGCGAUAUCGAUCUCCACGCUUUUGCUCCUCCUCUGGGUACACAUCCUUACGAGGCUAACGGUGAUAAUCCUAGUGGAGUGGCACCCAAUGAAGGCUACCCGGAUGAGAAAUAUGGCGGUGUUCAUGUUGAUGUAGAGUUGGGGGUAGCCGUUGAGAAUGAGAAGCGUAGUUCAGAAACCAAUGCUGGUGCAGCUGGUAAUUCCUGGAACAGGAACCAGUCACACGGAGGAGCCUGA